AAUGGACCCGAGGUAACAUGAAUUAAGAAUGAACAGCUGCAUUGUUAUUAAAUAAUGUUAACAAAGAUUAAUAAACACUGUAACAAAUGUAUUGCUCAUUGUUAGUUAAUGUUAAAGUUGACUUAUUGUAAAGUGUCAAAUAUUUUUGAAUAAUGACCAUUGUACAGGACAGUAGAAAUGAACAUAAAUAUUUGCUAUAACUAAUUCAUGUAAGUGCAGAAACUUUUCUCUCUUUGAACUUCCAAUUCAAAAGUACAAAGUGCUGUAAACACUUUAUGAAAUUUGAUAUACAAAGUGAGGCCUGAUUUUUAAUGAUUAGCUUUUGUAAUGCAGCAUGCCACAGAGCUCAAAUUGUAUUUAACCAAGAUCAUGCCUUUACGUAAAACGAUUUCCUAACCGACAUAAACCUACAUGGACACUAAUAUAAAAGAUCGACACCUCUCAAACUCCCAGCAAAGCGAAAAGUCCAGAAAUCGACCCAGACGCUGAAACAUCACAACAAUCCCAUUGUAAUGUCAUUUGGCUAAGCCUGAACCAUUGAACUGAUUGUUGUAAUUAAUUUGGAAAGGUCAAAGGACCACUUGUGCUGCUGAGAUAUGUGUAAAUGUGACUUUGCCAGGCUGGAGAGUUGAGACCUGAUUAACACACGGCGUCGAGCGCGAGGCCUGCUCAACAGCCACUUGUGCGUGAUUGGCCUGAUUAAGACGGGAGACGCUCUCCACGUAACCCCUCGGAGUAGAACCUCGUUACAACAUCACACAACCUCCCACCUCACAUCACUAUUAAUGCGCCAUUAGCACAUAAUUCACAAACACAACUCCGACCUGGAGGAAUAUGCAGAGCGGCGGUUAAAGGGCCCCGGGGCCUGCGCGGCCGCUCUGGCUCUCCUCCCCGAAGAAUACUAGACUUGGCCAUUCUCAUUCAGCACACAGAAGAUCACAUCUGCGCUCUCUUAAUGUGCUUAAGAAGCCUGCAUUCUCCUUAAUCAGCUCACUUAAGUGAGGAGUUGAGCGGGCCGGUGCGCUGGGCGGCUGUCGGCUUGGCCACGCUUUCCUUUUUAGGGAGGCCCUCCCCGAAUGUUUUGCUUGUGUAACAUGUCUGUAACUCUUUAUUGCUUUUUCUUUUUGCUUUUCUUGUUUCGUUUUGAAAAACGAGUGUCUAGUCACAUACAGGUCUUAGCAAGAAAGAAAGUUCGAGAAAUCCAAGCUGCCAUCAAGGUGUCUAGUCACAUUCAGGUUCUUGCCAGAAGGAAAUCUCGCGAAUUUCAUUCCAAGCUAAAGGUGACAAGCAUGGAUCAGAGCGUGAAGGACAAAGCUCUUCAGAGUAUGGCCUCCAUGUCUUCGGCCCAGAUCGUCUCUGCCACUGCCAUCCACAACAAGCUGGGUCUUCCGGGCAUCCCGCGUCCUGCCUUCCCCGGAGCAGCUGGGUUUUGGCAGGGCAUGAUAUCCACGGGCCAGCCUGGAUCCUCACAAGACAUCAAGCCAUUUGCUCAGCAAGCGUACCCCAUCCAGCCAGCAGUCACAACUACAAUCUCAAUGUGUGUAGGUUAUGAACCCCCGACAGCACCGGCACCCACAGUGCCCGCCUGGCAGGGCCGAUCUGUCGGCACAUCUAAACUCAGACUGGUGGAGUUCUCCGCUUUUCUGGAGCACCAGAGAGAUCCAGAUUCCUAUAACAAGCAUCUUUUCGUGCACAUCGGUCAGACAAAUUACUCUUACAAUGAUGCCUUGCUCGAGUCAGUGGACAUUCGUCAGAUUUACGACAAAUUUCCUGAGAAGAAAGGAGGGCUGAAGGAAUUGUUUGGCAAGGGUCCUCAGAAUUCAUUCUUUCUCAUAAAGUUCUGGGCUGACUUGAACUGCAACAUUCAGGACGAAACUGGGGCUUUCUAUGGAGUGAGCAGUCAGUACGAGAGCCCGGAGAACAUGACCAUCACCUGCUCCACAAAGGUUUGCUCGUUUGGCAAACAGGUCGUGGAGAAAGUGGAGACGGAGUACGCUCGCUUUGAGAACGGACGCUUUGUUUACCGGAUAAGUCGAUCUCCAAUGUGUGAAUACAUGAUCAACUUCAUCCACAAACUCAAACACCUGCCUGAGAAAUACAUGAUGAACAGCGUCCUGGAGAACUUCACCAUCUUAUUGGUGGUAACAAACAGAGACACACAGGAGACCCUGCUGUGCAUGGCCUGUGUGUUCGAAGUGUCAAACAGCGAGCACGGAGCCCAGCAUCACAUCUACAGACUAGUGAAGGAAUGAAGCAGCUCUUUCACAAAGACUCUGGACCUCAGUACAGUGGCAGUGCCUCUAGCUCAACACUCACUCAAGAUGAUUUUCCGUCACAUUUGGGUGAUGCUUAUAAUUAUAUAUAUACAUAUAUA